CAGGAGAUAUGCGUUGGCUUGGCGACCUGUAUAUAUUUGUGUCGACGAUUAAUCAAGUGUCAUGUUCAAUGUUUCUAGUUUUAUAAAUAAUAAUAUUAAUGAUAACACACGUGUUUAAUGAACAGAAAAAGGUAUAAAAAAUCUUUUUUCCUUAUAUGAUAAGGAAAAUGAUUCUACGUACAUAUUUCAGUGUGUAGAUCUAAGUACGUGUUUACAUAUACGAACUACUACUAUAAUUUGAUCUUACGUGGCAAUGCUUAUCACUGAUAAAUAUUUCCAUUUUAAUUUCUUCGUGAUUUUAAGUGCAUAGAUCAGGUACGUGCAUAUUAAAGAUUUUUAUCAACCUUACUCAAGUUGAUACCAUAAUAAGGAUACUAAAAGGAUACUAUAUCAAGAAUAAUUGAUAUUAGUAUUUUGUUCCGUAUAUAUAGUAAUGCAUCAGAAAAGAAAGAAAUUAGAAGUUAUGCGAGCCUUAAUACUUGUUGGUGGAUAUGGAACCAGAUUGCGUCCUCUUACUCUUAGUCGACCUAAACCAUUGGUUGAAUUUGCUAAUAAACCAAUGCUUCUACAUCAAAUAGAAGCUUUAGUAGAAAUGAAUGUAACAGAAGUGAUAUUAGCAGUGUCUUAUAGAGCAGAAGAAAUGGAAAGGGAUUUAGAAGAAGAAGCUAAGAAACUAGGAGUUACUUUGAUAUUUUCUCAUGAACCAGAACCUUUGGGUACUGCUGGACCACUUGCGCUAGCACGUGAUAUUUUAUGUUCUGGAGAUGAACCAUUUUUUGUUUUAAAUUCUGAUAUCAUCUGUGACUUUCCAUUUAAACAGUUAUAUGAAUAUCAUAAAAGCCAUGGUAAAGAAGGUACUAUAGUUGUUACCAAAGUAGAAGAACCAUCAAAGUAUGGUGUUGUUGUAUUUGAUAAAUGUGGUAAGAUAGAACGUUUUGUCGAAAAACCACAAGAAUUUAUCUCAAAUAAAAUAAAUGCAGGUAUGUAUAUAUUUAAUCCAAGCAUAUUAAAAAGAAUAGAGCUAAAACCUAUGAGCAUAGAAAAAGAGGUUUUUCCAUUUAUGGCUGAAGAUAAUGAAUUAUAUGCAAUGGAGUUACCAGGUUUUUGGAUGGAUGUAGGACAGCCUAAAGAUUUUCUCAAAGGUAUGUGUAUGUAUCUUGCUUCAUUAAGACAAAAGUCACCUGAAAAAUUACAUUCUGGACCUGGAAUAGUGGGAAAUGUUUUAAUAGAUCCUACAGCCAAAAUCGGCAAAGAUUGUAGGAUCGGUCCUAAUGUUACCAUCGGUCCGGGUGUUUCGUUAGCUGAUGGUUGUUGUAUUAAAAGGUCUACUCUUCUUAAGGCAGCUGUAGUAAAAGAACAUGCAUGGCUUGAUGGUUGCAUCGUUGGUUGGCGUAGUGUUGUCGGACGUUGGGUACGAAUGGAAGGUACAACAGUUCUUGGAGAGGACGUAAUAGUUAAGGACGAACUUUAUAUCAAUGGUGGUCAAGUAUUACCACAUAAAAAUAUUUCUAGUUCUGUGCCAGAACCACAAAUUAUCAUGUGAGAAAAGUAGACUUGAAAUUAUGAUUUUUUUAGACAAUAAGUGAUAAAAUACAUGAAAUAUCCUCUACUUUGAAACUUUAUACUUUUUUAAAAGUUUUGCAAAUUUUUAAAAAUGUAGCAAAAGUGCAUAUAUAUAUAUAUAUAUAUAUAUAUAUAUAUAUAUAUAUAUAUAUUGACAACAGUAUCACCAAUGUGCAUAAUGCAUUUAUUCAAGCUUUAUUGGCAAACCACGUGUAACUAUUGAAGCUGCUGUCAUGUAUAGUGAGCAUGCUUCUUUUGAUUUUGAUAUUGCUCUCAACAUCUCAGGUUCCCUUGUUACCUUAGCCAUUUUUUUCUGAGAAUCUUUUAAAAAUCCUGAUAAUAUAAAAUUUCAUUAUAAGUAAUGUAAAAUUAAUAUAGUAUUUCUAAGUAUGUAUACUGUACAUUUUUUAACAAAAUUUAUUAGUUAAAGCGCAAAUUUAGUUUAACUUAUAAUCUAAUUUUGUAAUUGUACCAUAUCUUCUCUGUAAUAUAAAUAUGCAAUGAA